CGCGUCACCUAGUUUGGAAUGUUUACAUGUUCAUUUAAUUAAUAGGUUCAUUUCAUAUUUGAGUUUGCACAGGUAGUCUUGCGUUGGGUAUGAGUUACAAACGUAGUUGCAAAGUUAGUUAUCGGAAUUAAAUUAUGUCUAGUAACAUGCAGCCAUUAGUAGAUGACCUUGCAGUUCAGUUAUACGAAGUGCAAGCUGUGAAAUUUGGUAGCUAUCUGCUCAAAAGUGGGAUUACCUCCCCUGUUUAUUUUGAUCUACGAGUGAUUAUUUCACAUCCAGUACUGCUGACUCAGGUUGCCAACCUUGUAUUCCAGACUGCUGUACAAGCUGGCGUGGACUACAGUUCUAUCUGUGGUGUCCCUUACACCGCAUUACCCAUCGCCUCUGUAAUUUGUUGCAACAAUUUGAUACCAAUGCUUAUCCGACGAAAAGAGGCAAAGGACUAUGGUACAAAGCGUCUUGUGGAAGGCAGUUUUAACCCAGGAGAAUCCUGUCUGAUCAUUGAGGAUGUCAUCACCAGUGGAAGUAGUAUCCUGGAGACUGCAGCUGUCCUUCAGAAGGAGGGGUUGAAAGUCACGGAUGCUAUUGUCCUGCUAGACAGAGAACAAGGUGGUGCUGCCAAUCUAAAGAAAGAGGGUAUCCGUUUACACUCUGUAUGCACCUUGUCCAGCAUACUAGAAAUUCUUUAUCAGCGAGGUAAAACUGAUAAAGCUCUAGUAAAUGCUGUCAAAACAUUCAUUCAGGAGAAUAACACAGCUUUAGCAUUUGAUCAGAAUAGUGUAAUCGCUAAAAAGACUGAAUGCGAAGGCCUGAGUUUUGGUGCUCGUGCAGAGAGCGCCACCAUCCAUCCCCUGGCAGCUCGACUCUUGCAUUUAAUGGAAAAGAAGCAGACAAACCUGUGCCUUUCUGCUGAUGUAACAAACUCGAAGGAGCUACUUCAGCUGGCAGACUCUGUGGGUCCAGAAAUAUGUGUGCUGAAGACACAUGUGGAUAUUCUAGAGGAUUUCAAUUUAGAGGUUGCUAAGAAACUAAGACAGCUUGCAGAUGAACAUGAAUUUCUGAUAUUUGAGGAUCGCAAGUUUGCUGAUAUUGGAAACACUGUGAAACAUCAAUAUGAAGGUGGUAUGUACAGAAUUGCUUCAUGGGCUGAUAUAGUAAAUGCACAUGCGGUUCCAGGCUCUGGAGUGGUGAAAGGUCUAAGAGAAGUGGGACUUCCUCUAAACAGAGGUUGUUUGCUGAUUGCAGAAAUGAGCUCCCAGAAUUCCUUAGCCACAGGUGAUUACACCAAAGCAGUGGUGACUAUGGGUGAGGAAUAUGCAGACUUUGUGUUUGGAUUUAUUACAGGAUCUAGAGUGACCAACAAACCUGAAUUUAUUCACAUGACACCAGGGGUUCACAUGCAUGCUGAAGGUGAUAAUCUAGGACAGCAGUACCUGAGUCCUGAGGACGUUAUCCAUAAAAAAGGUUCUGAUAUCAUCAUAGUUGGGCGAGGCAUUCUGAUGGCAUCCAACAAAGUAGAUGCUGCAAAGAUGUACAGAAAAGCAGGCUGGGAAGCAUAUCUUGGCAGACUCUCUUAAAUAUGGAAAGAAAACAUUUUUUUUCCCUCUGUAGCACAGUAUUUGUAAUUGAAAAGAAAAAUCUAUGUUUUUUUCAUCUUUUAAUUGUCUUGUAUGUUUUUACCCGAAGUAUUUUUUGCUGUAAUGUGCUAAUUUUUUUUUUGACCCAGUAAGCUAGCUGUACUCCUAGGGGACCAGUUUCUGCUGUUUGUGCUAUGUUAAGUGCUUCUCCCCUUUGUAGUCUGAGAGUAGAGAAAUUUGUCUGCUGUCAGAACAGAGGAUUAGCACUAGGACAUGUCAUUUGGAGUGGGUUUGAUGAUAGGUGUUGCUUAUCAACUUAAUGUAGUUAACUGUAAUUUAAUGAACUGUGUUCUUGGUUAACAAGACAUGUCCUAGUACUUUACGUUGUUCCUGUCCAGCUGACUGUAAAGGUUUAAAUGACAGAACACAGACCCAGCUUCUUAAAUGGGACAUUCCCUUUUGCUUUGCUUGUGUUCAUGGGUCUCUGUGCGGACAUCUGAGCACAAUGUAAGUACCAGCACAGUUAUUAAAACACAGAAAAGCAGAAACAUCCUUCUGCAGUCAAAAAUAAUCAUUUCAAAGUGCAUGAUUGCCAAAACUAAAGUAAUUUGGAGUAUGAUGAGUAUCGCUGACUGCCAGACUUCAAAUGACUUGCCUUUUCAGACUGCAAAAGUAACUUUCAAGCAUUCUUUGCACAGGUGUCUGAAUCUAUAUAGUCUUUGCGCAUUUCAAGUUUCAAAUUAUUAUGAAAAUAUAUUCAUUAUUUUGUCAGGUAAAAUAUUUCGAUCGGUCAACACUCUGCAAGAAAAAAAAAAAUAUCUACAUGUGCUGAAUUUAGUGUUGUUGUAACCAUGUAAUGGCUGAAAAGUCUCUUCAGAUAAACCAGUUCACGUUCUGGUUAAAAGCUGUAUAAAUUGAUUUAAUUGCUAAUUGAUUAAAGCAUCUAGUCAUUGACUGGGGACCAAGUAGGAGGUUGUGAUGUCACUGUGACACAAAGUAGUAACUUAGAUACAUUUGAGUCUGUGAAGCCUGCUUUGCUACCCAGAAUUAAAGCUGUUAUUUUUUCGAAGUAAAUAUACUUUUGUUA